UUCCGGUGAUUGUAAAACUGAGUCACUUGUCUCUUGAAAAUGUCACAAGGACUAAAAUGAGUGAGACUGAAGUAGCAAGGAUGAAAUCUCCUCUUGUUCCACUUGCAACUUUGCUUGGGCGUGAGAUUAGGAGCGAGAAGGUUGAGGAACCCUUUUUGAAGUAUGGGCAGGCUGCUUUGGCAAAGAAAGGAGAGGAUUAUUUUCUGAUAAAACCAGAUUGCCGUAGAAUUCAUGCGAAUCCUUCAACCUCAUUUUCUGUUUUUGCGAUAUUUGAUGGGCAUAAUGGUAUAUCAGCUGCUAUUUAUGCAAAGGAGACUUUAUUGGAUAAUGUUUUGAGUGCAAUUCCUCAAGGUCUCACUCGGGACGAAUGGCUUCAAGCCCUGCCUCGGGCACUGGUUGCUGGUUUUGUGAAAACUGAUAUAGAAUUUCAGCAGAAAGGGGAAACAUCUGGUACAACUGUGACGUUUGUUGUGAUUGAUGGUUGGACUGUGACUGUUGCAUCUGUUGGGGAUUCUAGAUGCAUAUUAGACACCCAGGGAGGUGUGGUUUCACUAUUGACUGUAGAUCACAGGCUGGAAGAAAAUGAAGAAGAGAGGGAGCGUGUUACAGCUAGUGGGGGUGAAGUAGGAAGGCUCAAUGUCUUUGGGGGUAGUGAGGUUGGCCCCCUACGCUGCUGGCCUGGUGGGUUAUGCCUUUCUAGAUCAAUUGGUGACACAGAUGUGGGUGAAUAUAUUGUCCCAGUACCACAUGUGAAGCAAGUAAAGCUUUCAAAUGCCGGGGGAAGACUUAUAAUAGCUUCUGAUGGCAUCUGGGAUGCUCUGUCUUCUGAAAUGGCUGCACAGUCUUGUCGCGGAUUGCCUGCAGAGCUUGCUGCAAAGCUGGUCGUGAAGGAGGCUCUGAGGUCAAGGGGUCUGAAAGAUGAUACUACCUGCCUAGUUGUUGACAUAAUCCCAUCAGAACGUCCUGUCUUGCCUCCAACUCCAAGGAAGAAACAAAACAUGCUCACUUCACUUAUUUUUGGGAAGAAAAGUCAGAAUGGGAGCAAAACAAAUAAGCUUUCAGCGGUGGGAGUUGUGGAGGAACUGUUUGAAGAAGGUUCAGCAAUGCUCGCUGAAAGGUUGGGUAAAGAUAUUCCUUUGGAUGCAAAUUCUGGGAUCUUCCGGUGUGCAGUUUGCCAAGUGGAUCAGCCCCAAUCAGAAGGUUUAUCAGUAAAUUCUGGACCUUUCUUCUCACCAUCAUCAAAGCCAUGGGAAGGCCCUUUCCUCUGCGCAGUCUGUCGGAGAAAGAAAGAUGCCAUGGAAGGAAAGAGAAUGAGCACACCCACAGUGGCCUUGUAGUAAUAUAUCUGAUAACAUAAUUUGUUGUAUUUUUUCUCUGGCAGUGUGAGCAUGCUUGGUUUUAUGUUUUUCAGGUGGUGACUCUUAUAGAUGUGUGUAAGAAAUGAAGUUGAAAUAUGCAGAGUAAGUAGGUAUUUGGACAUGUCAACAGUUUGUGUCGAUUCUGGUUUGUGCUCAGCUGUUGGACUGACUGACUGAUAGCUAACAGAUGUGUUUAAGAUAGUUUGAUCCCUAACAGCUUUUAAUUCGCAAGCAAGUUGAAGUUUGCAUGAUGGAUACGUUUUGUUGCGGCAGCUCCCUGUACUCAGUUGGAAAAUAGCUUCUAAAAGCAUCCAACUUCUUGGUGCUGCUUCUAUUUAUUUUGUUUGAACAAUGAAAAUAUAAUUGAUACAACAAGGUUUGCUAACUAUAUCUUCCAUUUAGUGCGAAUGUCGAACUCCAUUCAUUCUUUAUAUAUGAGAGGUGUUUUUUCAUGU